UCUUGCCUCAUCCCAAGCUCCAUGUAAGGAUGCAUUCUAGCGGUGGAGAAAAAUUGAUCUAGGAGGAGGUUAUACUCCUGGACGGGCCUAGAAAAGAUGAACCCAGAGGGUCCUCCAUUCUUCCGGAACAACGACCCACAAGGCUUUCGGAUGAACAACAACCCACAAGGCUUUCGGAUGUAUGAAGGAAUAGAAAGCUCGAUUCCUUCCUCGCCGGCCGGUGUGGCCUCCGGUGCUGGUACCUACUCCCAAACUCUCUUGUACGGAAUUUCACUCCUUAGGGACAAGGUCCAAGAGGUGCAGUUCCUCGUUAGCCUAGUGGUCUCCCCUGAUCCAACCCAACGGCAGUCUGUAGCUGUGGCAGCCUCCGGUGCCGGCGCUAUAAUUCAGGAGAUCAUCGUCGCAGCCUCCUCGAUGAUAUACGCCUUGCAGCAGGUGGCAGUUGGUGCAGUGUCUGCCAACACCGAGGAUGGCAGCAUCUCCCAUCCUCAUGGCGUGAAGGCUUCUUAUGAUUGCUUAUCCAAAGCUAAUGGAGUAGAUCAUAUAGAUCAUGUCCUCAACGACUUUGAAGGUGGUAUGAUAGGUGCUGUAACUCAUCGCAGUACUAAUACUAUUAAUCCUGACGGUGCUAAAAAUGGCCACAGAAAUAAGGAUAGUAGCAACAAGCCAGGAUCCCCUUCGACAGCAUGCGAUAUAAUCGAACUGGAAGCUGCUGAAUUAUUGGCCAAGUACACACACUACUGCCAAGUUUGCGGCAAGGGAUUCAAGCGUGAUGCGAACCUAAGGAUGCACAUGAGAGCCCAUGGAGACGAGUACAAGACAAAUGCAGCCCUUUCCAAACCCAUGAAGGGGGGCAGCGCCGCCGCUGCCAUGGGGCACGAGGACGGCACUCCUUUUGGCUUGCCAAGAAAGUACUCAUGCCCUCAGGAAGGGUGCCGGUGGAACAAGAAGCAUCCCAAGUUCCAGCCCCUCAAGUCAAUGAUAUGUGCCAAGAACCACUACAAGAGGAGCCACUGCCCGAAGAUGUUUGUGUGCAACCGGUGCAACCAAAAGCAAUUCUCCGUGCUGUCGGAUUUAAGGACGCAUGAGAAGCACUGCGGGGAUCUCAAGUGGAUGUGUUCAUGCGGGACAACCUUCUCCAGAAAGGAUAAGCUCAUGGGUCAUGUAGAAUUGUUUGUUGGGCACGCUCCUGCGACGAAUUGCUUCCGGAAGCAAGGGAACUUGAAGUAGCAUGAGAUGCAAGUUCAAAUGGAUGGGAGGUACAAGUAUUUAAAACUAGUAAAGUUCGGGGAAGCUAAUAUGUUGAUUAACAUAUGUUUGGGAUUAUGCAUUACGUUUUGGACAGUAAGCUUCCAGAGAUUUUAUGGAAAUGGUUAAACUACGUAUCAUGUAUGUUAUAUUCUAUUUUGAGUGUGAAAUAAGCA